CCCCGGGCUGGGCUGGAGGGCCCUGGGCCAGGACAGCGGACAAGAGGGGGACAGGAGGGGAGCGGAGCUGGCACACGGCUGGGGGAGCAGAGCUGGGCAGGAAAGCAGGGCAGGAAAGGACUUUUUUGGGGUUUUUGCUGCUCUCAGAGGCAGGAAGCUCGCUGGCAAAGCAACGCUCGCCGAGCCGCGACCCCACGGGGCCUUCAGGGCUGGGCUCCAGCCCAUCUCCAAGCUCACCUUGAGGAAGGAGAUAAAAAAAAAACAAAACAAAAAGACUUUCCUGAGCCAGAAUGUCCCUCAAGCUGCCACGGAACUGGGAUUUCAACCUGAAGAUGGACGCUGCAAAAAUAGCCCGUUCCCGCAGUGUGGUGGCCGCGGACCCCGCUGUGCUGCCCCCUCCGCAGAAGCUGGGCUGGCUGCGCAAGCAGCGCUCCCUGGUGCGCAACUGGCAGCUGCGCUUCUUCGUGCUGCGCGGGCAGCAGCUGCUCUACUACAAGGACGAGGAGGAGGCCAAGCCGCAGGGCAUUGCUGCCCCCCUGGGUGCCACCCUGGCCUGGCAGAGUAAGGUGUCCCUGUGCGCUGGCCGUGUUUCUGCAGGGGCGGCUGGCGAGCAGCCCCGCGCGGGGCAGGAGCCCUGUGUGCUGAUGGCGAGCUCGCAGGCGGAGCUGGAGGAGUGGGUGAAAUCCAUCCGGAGGGCGCUGGGCUCGGCCUCGGGAGCCGUGUUCGGGCAGUGCCUGGCACAGACCAUGGCCCACGAGCAGAAGUUUGGGCAGCACCUGGUGCCCCUGGUGGUGCAGAAGAGCGCCGAGUUCAUCCUGGAGCACGGCGUGGCCGAGGAGGGAAUCUUCCGCCUGCCCGGCCAGGACAGCCUGGUCCGGCAGCUCCGCGACGCCUUCGACGCUGGCGAGAGACCCUCCUUCCACAGGGACACCGACGUGCACACCGUGGCCUCCCUGCUGAAGCUGUACCUGCGGGAGCUGCCCGAGCCCGUGGUGCCCUGGCUGCAGUACGAGGAUUUCCUGCUCUGUGGGCAGGCUCUGGAGGCUGAUGAGGCAAAGGGCCACCAGGAGCUCGUGAAGCAGCUGUCCCUCCUCCCCAGAGACAACUACAACCUCCUGAGCUACAUCUGCAGGUUUCUCUAUGAAAUCCAGCUGAACUCCAGCGUCAACAAGAUGAGCGUGGACAACCUGGCCACAGUGAUUGGGGUGAACCUGCUCAGGCCCAGGGUGGAGGACCCUGCAGUCAUCAUGAGAGGCACGCCCCAGGUGCAGAGGGUGAUGACGGUGAUGAUCAGCCACCACCAGCAGCUCUUUCCCCCCUCCAAGGACGUGCCUCCCUCCCCACCUGCCCCAAAAAACGAGAAGAAAGCUCCUGUCCCUCGCAGCUCCGUGGGCUGGGGAGCUGCAGAGGACCCCAGAGGUUCCACCCAGAGGCAGAGGGGCUCUGCUCUCCAGAGGGAUCACCCCAACUCCAGCAGCACCCCAUGCCCAGCUGCCACCUCCAGCAUCCCCGGGGAGGACACAGAGCCCACAGCCACGCUGGGAACGUGGAAAACUCAGCCAAGGAAAAGAACCCAGACCUUGCCCAGCAGGAAAUCCUCCCUGGCAGCUCCGGGGGACAAGGGCAGCAGGGACAGGAGUGACGUCCUCGCCAGUGACUUUUGGAAGAGCAGCCCACGCCCCGUGGCCUGCGAGGGACACAAGAGAACGUUGUCCCAUGAUCUCUUUAAGCUGCUGGACCUCCACAGGGCUGCAGCCUGCGAGGACAGCGUGGCAGAGAGCGGGGAGGGCAGCGGCUCCAGCCCCAGCCCGGCCAGCAGCGCCUCCGAGAAGGAAUUCCUGCCCUGCUUCAGCCCCUGCCACGAGCCAAAGGAGCCUGCCAGCCCCAGCAGCAGCCCUGCUGAGGAGCCCAGGGCUGAGCAGGACAGCAGGGAGUUCCUGCAAGGCGUGAUCCACAAGCUGGAGAAGGAUCUGGAGGAGCAGAGGAAGGAUUUCACGGGGCAGGUGGAAAGCCUCCAGAAGGAAAACUAUGAGGUGUGGGCCAAGGUGGUGAGGCUGAACCAGGAGCUGGAGCAGGAGAAGAAGAGGAGUGAGGAGCUGGAGCUGAGGCUGAUGAACGCAGAGUGCUCGCGGGAGGAGCUGGAGAGGAAAACCAGGAUGCUCGAGGAGGAGAUAAAAAACUUAACUAAAGCCACGAGUCAAACUGGUGCCAAAACCAACUAGGAGGAGACACCCAGCUUUCCACAGACACCAAAUGCAGGAAUGCUCAGGGAUUGCAGGUUCAGAGCCAGGGGCUUGUAUUGUCCAGGGUCCUGCUCCUGCCACAGCCGGGGGCAGGAAGGAGAGCAGGGCUGGUUCAUGCUCUGAACCAGGAAAUGUCAGAAAUAUCCUUUAGCUUUUUUUGGGUGUGUUUACUUCAGCUCUUCUGUCAGCUGCUCAGGUUACCUGGGGAACAGGCCAACACUUCUGCUGCUCAGUUAGGAUUGCACACAGAAUUUUGGGUUCUGGACCCAUUGUGCCUUCACAAGAAGGAACCAGAACUGUCCCUCCUGCAGCUCCGGUCUCCCUGCUGAGAUACCCCGGGCAAAACAUCCAUGGAUCCCCACACUCAGACUGGGAGGUUCCAGAGAGUCUGCCACCACUUCACAGCUGCCACUCACGAGCCUUUCCUGUGAUUUCAAUGACCUUGACAGAGCUGCUUCAGUGUUUGUUUAAUUUUUUACCUCUGCAAGAAGCUCCUCACCAAUGUGAGCGUGAGUCAUUAGGGAGAAACUUCUCCCUCCAGCAUGGUGGACAUCUGGGCUGGAAAUGCCACACGCUCCUUUCUGCAAAGAUCAAAAGUGUGAAGAGGCCAAUAAUUCCCUCACAGCAGACUGUAAUGACGUGCAAAGGCCUGGCUGAGGCUCAGAAACCCCCACGGCUGGGACAAGUGCACGUUAUUUAAAAUAAACUGCGCAUUCCUGCGCUUCCGCUCCGAUAGGCAAAACAACCCCGUGGCUGCAGGAUCACAGGGACUCUUUGAAGAUAUUCCACCCAUUAACAUUUGCAGGGUUUGCAGAGGUCAUCUGGGAAAGAGACUUUCCAACAGAGGUCAGGUGGGCUGGAAGUUCCUGAGAGCCUGGAGGGGAGAGAGCCACGGGCACCUUGAGCUGUAAGACAAUGAGGAGUUCUUUUCUUUUUUAAAAUGAGCUUUUUCCAGAGGGAGAGAACCAUGGACUGCCCGUGCCAGAUCUGUGAAACUGCUCCCUUUUCAUCCCUGAGGGGCUGGGUGUCCUCUCUGCUCAGCCCAGAGCCUGCUCUGGAUUUUCUGCACUUGCACAUCUUCUGCUGGAGACCCCAGAGCGUGAGAUCCCCAAAAUCUGCCUGCUGCCCAGCCUGCAUUUCCUGCCUCCCUCUACUUCUGCAGCCAGGCCAGGAAGCUUUUUGGGGUGGGAGCAGCAGAGAAUCUCUGCUGUUCCUGGGGCAGGAGGCAUUAUAACCUCACGGAGGGGUUUUGGGGCCUUUCAGCUCAGCAGGUUUUGGGCACUGACUCUGGAUCCCCUGCAGAGGGUGAUGCUGCUCCUGCCAUAUAAAAGCACAACAGACUGUCUACCACUGAGAAAAAAGAUCCUUUCCAGCCCUGUCCUGUAGGCUUGGAAAUCUCCAAAAAGACAUUUUUCACCCUUUAGCCCUCCCACUGCACCGUGAGGACACAAGAGCUUUACCAAGGUGAUAACCCUGAGAUCUGGCUGAGGAUUUUCCUCUCCCUUUAAAUGUGACAUGGCUUUCCAAAUUAACAACAGAUCCCACUGCAUCCAAAACUGUCCAGCCACGCAGUGUGGGAUGAAAGCAAGACACCUUUCAGGCCAUCCUUUCAGCCCCCUCACUGCAUUCUUUGUGCUAGAGCAGAAAGUCUGUUCUGCUCUUCUCAGGUACUCACUAAAUAAAUUCAUUUAGGAAUUCA